AUGGAGUCUGUCUCCGCCAUUAACCAAACACUCCCAAACUCCGGUGAUGAAACGGAAAAGUUCACAGUAUACUCCGCCGCAGUCCAUAAAGUCAUCGUAUGGGUCAACACCGGUAUUAUAGGAUUACUACAGCUCACGAACCAGCAGAAUUCCUCUGUUUUCCAAACACACAAAACAGAGUUCCUCUGUUUUUAUAUCUUCGUUUUCUUCUACGCGGUCCUUCGCGUCCGAGAAGCCAUGCACGUGCGGCUACGACCUGGAGUAGUCAAGAGGAUCUUCGGACACACCAGCCAUCUGUUCGGCGCUCUAGCCGCUCUCGUGCUCGUCUCUGUAGUUUGUGCAACGUUUGCUUUCGUCCUUCUUCUACUUUGGUUUCUCUGGCUCUCACUCGUAGCUUACGACACGUUCAACGAGAUCAAGCUCACCUUCUCGGAGGCACCUCAGCCGUCACCGGUUUGA